AUGGCAGUCAGCUCGGUCCAAAAGAAAGCGCCUCAUACAUGGGAGAACGAUGGCCGAGAUGUCGCCGAUCUGUGGAAAGAGGCCCUCAAAGCCUACAAGGGCAUUGUGGGGUUCGACCUCGAGCGCAAAUUUGAAAACGUUGAAGUGAUGAUUGCCCAAGGCACCAAAGACAUGGAAAACUUCCACAAGUUCCGUCACAAUGACAAGAAGGUGGACAAGCUACGAAGCUUGUUUGCCGCGAACCUUGACCUCAUUGAACAAGGUGCCCAACAACUGUUCUCGGCCGCUGCACCGGCUUUUCCUCCAGCCGCGGCCAUUGAGAAGUGGAUCACGAAUUUUCUUCAAGGCGAGGACAGCGACCUUGGGGGAGCUCGCAAGGACAUGGACCUGAAGGUUCAGAAUCUUCAAGAAGCAACCGAAUUUGCCAUCCUUGAUAACACGGAAGAGCUAAGAGAUAUGGCCAUAGAGCUGAUGGAAAACCAAAAGUCGCAUACUGCGAUGCUCAGGGAACAGAUGCAGGUCAUGAGCUCCAUUCGGGAUACGACCGAAACUAUCCGAAGUGACGUUACCAAGCUGCUCAGAGUCAUCGAGGACCAACAGCGGGAACCUAAAAAGGACCGUAAUAGUGACCAACGAGGCAAAUCAUCCGAGCAGAGCAAGCCACCGUCGGCCAGGAGAAUUCGCAACCUCUUACUCGAGGUCGAGGGCGAAGAUCACGAGUAUCACGUCUUGAGGGAAACCAUGGUUAAAGACACUUGCACUUGGGUUUUCCUGCAGCCUGAGUGGGAGGAAUGGCUGCGAAGGAGCGACGACGAUCACUCGGUCUUAGCCAUCACCGGACCACCCGGCUCAGGAAAGAGUCACAUUGGAUUCACCGUAUAUGAAAGACUGAUGCAAAAGGCUAAGAGCGAUGCAUCUAACCAGACAUGUGCUGCUUAUUUCUACUUCCGAGAGCAGUCCAAGAGUCUCUCUUCUUUUGUCAGUGCGAUCACAACCAUCAUAAAUCAAGUUGUGGAGCAGAGCGCACCUCUUUGCGAGUUGAUCAACGCAGAAAUCAUCAAAGACGAUUUCAGCUUCAACCGAUGGAUUGCUGACAGUCUCGUUCGGAAUAUACUGGCUCUGGCAUUUGGAGAAACCUCUAGAUACCGGCUCUUACUGAUACUCGACGGCGUCGAUGAGGUCGACGAUCUCUCAGAAUUUCUAAACUUUCUGGAAGUUUUACGGGAAAACGGGUUGAAAGUGAAAGUCGCUUUCACCUCCCGACCUGGAGUUUUGACCACUCUCCAGGAGCUUUCACAGCUGCAGUGUAUUAAUGUCACGAAAAAAAACCAAAUAAAGGACAUGAGGGCAAUUUUUUGCAACAAUCUCAACAAUCUAUCUACUCUUCAGAAGUUUGAUCGCUACGUUCAGCAACGCAUUGCCGACAAAGUCGAAGAGGCGUCUUCGAGUAAGUCACUUUACCCGCUUCGUUCCUGA